CUGGGGUCUGUCACUUCGGUGGUCGGGCUCCGUGGAGCUUCUGAGUGCUGACACCCACCAAGUCCGAUGCUAACUCCUGUCACCAUGGGGAUGCUACUUCGAGCCCAGUGUUUUUGGCGUCUAGCAAUUCCUGGUUCUGUGAGAGCACUACAUAAAGAUUCUAGAACAGUGACCCCCCAGAAUUUCUCCAGCUAUGAAUCCAUGAAACAGGACUUCAAAUUGGAGAUUCCAGAGUAUUUCAACUUUGCAAAAGAUAUCCUGGACCCAUGGAUCAGUUCGGAAAAGGCUGGAAAGAGACCUUCCAACCCAGCCUUCUGGUGGAUAAAUGGAAACGGAGAAGAAGCGAGAUGGAGCUUUGAGGAGCUGGGAUCUCUGUCCAGGAAAUUUGCCAAUAUACUCACCGACGCCUGCGCCCUGCGGAGAGGAGACCGGGUCCUUGUCAUUCUGCCCCGGAUCCCCGAGUGGUGGCUGGCAAAUGUAGCCUGUCUGAGAACAGGAACCGUUUUAAUUCCAGGAACCACUCAGCUGACCCAGAAAGACAUCCUCUAUCGGCUACAAUCUUCAAAAGCAAAAUGCAUCAUUACCAGUGAGGAUCUGGCCCCAGCCGUCGACGCUGUUGUGUCUAAAUGCGAAAAUCUUUGCUCCAAGCUAAUUGUGUCUCAGGAGCCCAGAGAAGGGUGGGAAAACCUCAAGGAACUGAUGAAACAAGCCAGUGACAGCCAUACCUGCGUGAAGACAAAACAUGAUGAACUCAUGGCCAUUUACUUUACCAGUGGGACGAGUGGUUCUCCUAAGAUGACCGGACACACCCACAGCAGCUUAGGUUUAGGGUUAUCUGUAAAUGGAAGGUUCUGGCUGGACUUGACAGCUUCAGAUGUGAUAUGGAAUACUGCAGACACAGGCUGGGCAAAGUCUGCGUGGAGUAGUGUUUUCGCUCCAUGGAUCCAGGGAGCAUGUGUAUUUGCACAUUAUUUGCCACGUUUUGAGCCAACUUCUAUCUUGCAAACACUUUCCAAGUUUCCCAUCACAGUCUUCUGUUCGGCACCAACUGCAUACCGAAUGCUAGUACAGGAUGAUACGACCAGAAACUAUAAGUUCAAAAGCUUGAAACACUGUGUGAGCGCCGGGGAGCCCAUCAACCCGGAAGUGACCGAGCAAUGGCGGCAGCGGACAGGGCUGGACAUCUACGAGGGAUACGGGCAGACGGAAACGGUGCUAAUCUGUGGAAACUUUAAGGGAAUGAAAAUUAAGCCUGGCUCCAUGGGAAAGCCUUCUCCUGCUUUUGAUGUUAAGAUCUUAGAUGUAAAUGGCAAUGUUCUACCUCCAGGACAAGAAGGAGAUAUUGGCAUUCGAGUUCUACCUAACCGACCAUUUGGCCUUUUUACUCAUUAUGUAGAUAAUCCUACAAAAACAGCUUCAACUCUACGAGGCAAUUUCUAUAUCACUGGGGACAGGGGCUAUAUGGAUGAAGAUGGGUAUUUUUGGUUUGUUGCAAGAUCAGAUGAUAUCAUACUAUCCUCUGGCUACCGAAUUGGACCUUUUGAGGUGGAAAGUGCCCUGAUUGAGCAUCCUGCAGUGGCAGAGUCUGCGGUUGUCAGCAGCCCAGACCCCAUCAGAGGAGAGGUAGUAAAGGCUUUUAUUGUCCUGAACCCUGAUUACAAGGCACAUGAUCAACAACUACUAAAAAAGGAGCUUCAAGAGCAUGUUAAAAAAACUACAGCACCUUAUAAAUAUCCCAGAAAGGUCGAAUUUAUUCAACAACUGCCAAAGACUGUCAGUGGGAAGAUAAAAAGGAAUGAACUGAGGAAGAAAGAAUGGAAAGCAAUUUAAAUGCAUCCCAUUUAUUAUCGUGGUAUCUAUAAAAUGAAGACUGAAGAAACCACAAGAUUAUAGGUGGUAAAAAAAAAUGUGGCACUGUGCUUAUGAUUUGUUGAUUUAAAAUAGCUUUUAGUUAUGACAUCAUAGCUGAAUUUUGAAAUAAAUAUUCAGAAAAUUCCUUUAUCUAUGUUUUGGUCAUAUAAUACCAUCAAUUGAGGCAUUUUUAAACUUAUAGUACAGAAUCAGUUUGGGAACCAAACCUCUGACCUGUUGGUUUUCAAACCUCAGUUGCAGAAUACUUCUAUGUUGAUAUACAAAUGUGAAGCCUUGAAAUAAAACUUUAAAACCUUCAAGUUUUUAGAA